AUGUCUUCUGAAUUCAGCUUCAUCUCGGAUGGCCAAAUUAUCCAGGUCCCAUUCUCAGUGGUAGAUCAAGAUCAACAAUCUUUACUUAGAUAUGCAAUGAUUUAUGGUACUGCCACUGGUUCCUGUAUUGUCCUUAUGUUGGUUCUUUUACUUUUUUCUAAAAACAGGAAAACUCCAAUGUUCAUUUUGAAUCAAUUGACUUUAUUCUUUAUGAUUAUCCGAUCUGCACUUUAUUUAACUUAUCUUAUGGGCAAUAUUGUUUCGAUAUCCUUUUACAUUACCAAUGAUUUAACUCAAGAUUCAAACCCCUUCAAAAGUUACCAGAUAGCAGUAGUUACAAGUGUAGCUCAAAUACCUUUGGUAGCUUGUAUCCAAGCAAUACUUGUGCUCCAAGUCAAUGCUAUAUUUAAGUCACCCGAAGUGAAAGUUUUACGUUUAUUCCUCGUCGCGUUUACAGCUUCUUUAAGUACAGCCGUGUUAGUAUUAUACAUUUAUAAUUCCAUCAGCUAUGCUGAAAGUGCAAGAACAUACUAUGAUCCAAGUCAUGUUCCAAAGGAAAUCGGCAAUUGGCUCUUUAAUGUACCAUUUUGUUUAUUUUCAGUCUCGGUGAACGUUAAUACAUUCCUUUUAAUGUGCAAACUUUUCUUUGCAAUUCGGUCAAGAAGAUAUUUAGGGUUGAGACAAUUUGACGUUUAUCAUAUUUUAUUUAUCAUGUCUACUCAAACAAUGAUUGCUCCCACAAUUCUAGUUAUUGUCAAUUAUACCCAAAAGUCCUCUACUCAAUAUCUCUCUACAAUUAGUUUCUUGUUAGUGGUUUUAUCAUUACCAUUGACUUCUAUGUGGGCAACAUCGGCAAACAAUUCCCCCAGACCAACAUCAUCUGCCCUCUCAUUUCUUUCAAGAAGUCAUUCAAAUAAUAGCACAGUGGUUCCAACCUCAUUUGCUUUCUUUCCAAGUAAACUCACUAACCUGGCCAGCAUUGAUUUGGAAAAGAAUCAACUGCCAAAUACGAUUAUCGAACCGGAAAUAGUUAAUAGUUUGAGCCAAACAUAUGAUUCAAAUCUUCCCCCUGAUAUCAUGAAUAUUAUUUAUGAUACUGAAUCUUUCACUAGUGAUGAAGUGAAAAUGAGUACAAUAGAAUCACAGAAAGAUGGACGAGUAAUUGCAGUGAAAACUCAUACAAUUAGACCUUAG